GCUCUCAGGAGGCAAGGGGGCUAACUCGCGGGCAAGCUUGGAGGUACUAGGACCCUCCCCCUCCCCAAGUCAAGAGGGAGAGGGGAUGGAGAGCCAGGCCGGUCAGCCAGCCGGACAGACGGGGGACCCCCACUUAUAGGAGCUGCAGAAGAUGUCCCUGCCCUGCCCAGCCCUUGGGAUGAGAAGAGUCAGGCAGCACCUCAGCCCAUUCCCCACUAUGUCCCCAGGACUGGAUGGGCCAUCUGCAGUUCCAGGCACCCUCUGGGAUUCCAACUCUAGCACCAAUGCCAGUGUCCCUCCCCGGGUGUCGGACGAGCGCGACGAGGCCCUGGCCCGGGCGGAGAUCGCCCUGCUGGCCGUGAUGUUCGUGGGUGUGGCGGGCAGCAACGGCCUGGUGCUGGGGGCCCUGGCACGGCGGGGCCAGAGCCAGCGGGCGCCCAUGCAUGUCUUCAUCACCCACCUGUGCCUGGCGGACCUGGCGGUGGCCCUGUUCCAAAUACUGCCCCAGCUGUUCUGGGACAUCACGGACCGGUUCCAGGGGCCGGACUUGCUCUGCCGGGCCGUCAAGUACCUGCAGAUGGUGGGCAUGUAUGCCUCCUCCUAUAUGAUCGUGGCCAUGACCCUGGACCGGCACCAUGCCAUCUGCCGGCCCAUGGCCACCUUCCGCCGGGGUGGCGCCCACUGGAACAUGCCCGUGUUGGUGGCCUGGGCCUCGUCCCUGGUCCUCAGCCUGCCCCAGGUCGUCAUCUUCUCGCAGACGAGGAUGCCGGACGGGGCCCUCGACUGCUGGGGCCAGUUUGCGGAGCCCUGGGGCAGCAGGGCCUACGUCACCUGGAUCACGCUCGUGGUGUUCGUGCUGCCCACGGUGGGCAUCGCCACCUGCCAGGUGCUUAUCUUCCGAGAGAUCUACACCAGCCUCUACCAGAAGCCAGAGCACAUCAGGGAAGGGGGGCGGCGACGGCGGCGGCGGCGGCAGUGGCCGGGCUCCCGGGAGGGCCGCGGGGGCCGAGCCGGGGCCCGGAUUGGGGGCGCAGCCGAGGCCUCACGCGUGUCGGGAGCCAUGGCCAAGACGGUGCGGAUGACGCUGGUGAUCGUGCUGGUGUACGUGCUGUGCUGGGCCCCCUUCUUCCUCGUGCAGCUCUGGGCCGUCUGGGACCCACACUCCCCCAGGAACGGCCCAGCAUUCACGCUGAUCAUGCUCCUCGCCAGCCUCAACAGCUGCACCAACCCCUGGAUCUACGCCUCCUUCAGCAGCAGCGUCUCCUCGGAGCUCCGCCAGCUCCUCUGCUGCCAGCGCCCCGGACCCGUUCUGCCUGAGGACUCCUGUGCCACAGCCACCUCCUCCCUUGCCAAAGAGACCCACUCCUGAGGGGCCUGGGAUGGGGGGCAAAGAGGGUGGGGUCCGUAGCCAGCAGGCCUCUUGGGAGCCGGCCAGCCUGGGAAGCCCUGGGGGUUGGGAAGCUGGGGUGGGUCAGGACAAUCCCAGACAUUCCAAGUCUGCCUGAGAUGGAGAAUGGGAAAGGAAAGCCUGAGACCCCCCCCCAAUGGGGCUGGGUAUGUGUGUGCGUGCAUCCAUGUGCACACGCGCUGGCUACGUGUGCUCAUGACUUCUGUAUUUUUGGGUCUUAUGGGUGCCUGUGUAAUAAUAAUAAUAAUAAUAGUGAUGGCAUUUAUUAAGUGCUUACUAUGUGCCAAGCACUGUUCUAAGC